CUCCUCCCUUGUACUUGAUUGAUGAGUUAAUCUUACUAAUUACUAAAGAACUCCCCUCACUUGGUUGUCUAGGGCUUAAUUGAAAGGAAUAAACAAAAACCUGCAGACAAUAGGCCCUCCAUGGAAUGAGUUUGACACCCCUGCAUUAGAUGGUGAAUGCUCUUAGGAUAAGAGCUCACUAUAGAGCAGGGGUACUUAACUCACCCUAUGAGGUCCAGAGCCUGCUGGUUUUCUGUUCUACCUUAUCAUUAAUUGCACACACCCAGUGACCCAGGUCUAAAUCAGUCCCUGAUGGGAUAAAAACGCAGAGGAAGUGGCUUUGAAGUCCAGAGUUAAGUUUGAGGGCUUUUCUUCUAAUCACAAUUGUUGGGUGUAUUAUAAGCUUAUAAUACACCACAUUAAUCGUAAUUCAAACUGUCUUUGAUAUAACCAAGUUAUUAUAAGCUUCAUUGGUCAAAAUACAGAGUAGUAGAUCAUAUGUAGGAAUGAAGGAGUUUUAUUAAUGCCACGGGCAUGUCCCAAUUCAAUCUGUUUAGCGUUGGACUCUACUGCAAGUAGGGUAGGGCCAUCCCAAGGAUCCUACUGCAAGUAGAGUCCCGAUUCCGUUUUGGAAUCGGGCUGCCUCCCGGGCAUGAGCCAGGUGCCCCGCUAAAUCGGCUCAUAACAAAAGUAAUGUAACUAAGCACGUGGACUGAUGAGUAGGAUUUUGUGUUCACAAGCUUCCACAACAUUGAUUGCUUUUGAUAAAAAAAUGCUUUAUCUGCCUUCUCAAUGAAAACUAGUUAAAUUCAAACAUGUAUUUCAUGAAAAAUACAAUUUUAUGGACGAUGCACCGUGCUGCCUUUGUUGACAACAUGACUGAGCGGCUCAGAUUACUGUUUGAUUUGAGAUGGCGCGCCUCCCUCUCCGCUUUCGCCCGAUUAUUAUUCAACCUGAGCCAGCGUAAUAAAACUCCCUCUUUGGGUCCGUCUGUCUGAGUCAGCUGGAGCUGCUGCCCUCCAGUGGCUGACGUGGGAUAUUUUUUUUUGGAAAAGCUCCUGCGUGUUUGCCAUUGGUUUCUUUUAAAGACUUGUUGUGCCGUUAUACGUAUUUUCUAAUGGUGUUUAAAAUUAGUUUUUUUCUGGCUAAGAGAAAUGUGUUAAUCAAAAAUAUUAUUCGUAUUUAUUUUUAAACCGGAAGUACGAAGAUACGUUUUUCCUUGACAACCAGCGACGCGUUCUUAGCAACUGCUUCAGAAUGGCAAAAAUGAUUGGUGCUAAGAAAUCAUUGUGGCAACAAGUCUGUGAAGAAUAUGAGUCGGAGCAGCCCAGUCCACCCAGCGCUGCUUGGACAGACAGUGGUUCAGUGAGCACUCAUGUCUCCCAGUACAGCGCCAGCAAGCACUCUCCUGUCUUCUAUGGUCUCAUGGCAGCUAAGGUUGCUGUAGAUGAUGAUCCUGUGAAGCAUGCUGACCCUCUACUGAGCCACCCUGCCCUUGCUGGAUACUCUGCCUUGGACAAACCUCCAUCCUCCUGUCACAGACAGCCUCUGACCACACACCCUGCAUCCACUCCCCAGCUCUAUCAACGCCCAAUCACCCAGUUCCUGGAGGGGUCCGUGUUCCCAGUGCUACUGCCUGGACUGGAGGCCAUGCUGAGAGAGGCCCAGAGACAACACUGCCUGGAGAGGAAAAGAACAGCAUUCAACGCUUGUGACUUCCUAACUGAGUGGCUGUACAAUCGGAACCCCCGCCGGCAGGGACAGGCCCCUGUGGACUUCCAUGAGAUCCCAUUUGUCAAGGACUGGCUCAGGAUACAUCCCAGGCCUCCCAUCCCUCUCUCCCUACUGCUGUCAGACCAGCAUGCUGCUGUUCUCAUCCAGUCCUUCUGGCGGGGCUAUACUGUGCGGGCCCGUGCAGAUGUGCAGGAGCUGCGCCAGUGGCAGAGGGAGCUUAGAGAGGAUAACCGUGACAUCACCAAAACAGUCCAAGAAUUCUGGGCUCACCAGGAGAGCCGGGUGAGCUCGGCCCUCAAUGACCUCAGGGGGGACUCCACCACCCCUCAGACCCCUCAGCCCGGCGGUGGGUACUCCAACUCAGACGUGUCCAUCCAGGUGGUCUCCCCCACCCCCCAAAGCACCGUGUUCCACACCCCCACCUCCCAGAUGAGUCCUGAGAGCACCGGGUCGCUGACCCCCAGCCUGCAGGGAGUAGAGGAGCUGACCAGGGAGGAGAGGACACUAACUGACUCACUGACCCUGCCCGAGGCUGCUGAUGCUGCUGUCACUGCUUUAGCCACCGCUAUGGAUACUUUUUCCCCAUCCUUAGGUAGCCACUGAAAGGCCAUAGAGGCUGAGGCAAUGUGUGUCCCAAAUGGCACCCUAUGGAUACCUUUUCCCCAUCCUUAGGUAGCCACUGAAAGGCCAUAGAGGCUGAGGCAAUGUGUGUCCCAAAUGGCACCCUAUUCCCUAUACCAGAGCUGCCCAAUCCUGGUCCUGGAGGGCUGAAAUACAGUGGCUUGCAAAAGUAUUCACCCCCUUGGCAUUUUUCCUAUUUUGUUGCCUUACAACCUGGAAUUGAAAUAGAUUUUUUUU